AUGGCUGCUACUGAGAAACGCCCUGAGAUCAUCGAGCUUGCUCGCGGACUGGCCAGAGUACCCAUGUGCGAGGAUUAUGAGCGUAUGGUGUCAGGAAUGAUGUACAACCCUAUGGUGCCGAAACUUUUAGAGGCCCGGCAUCUGUGUCGGGGACUGGCCAGGGACUACAACGAGCUAGACACCAAGACGGUAUCAUAUGAGGAGAUUGGUGACAAGCGUCUUGAGCUAUUGCGGAAACUCGUUGGCAGAGUUGGAGAUGGGACGUUCAUCGAGCCACCAUUUUUACCAGAUUACGGGUGUAAUACUGUGAUCGGAAAGGAUUGUUUCCUCAACUGGAACGUUACUAUCCUUGACACCAGCCUGGUUGUCAUUGGCGACCGUGUACAGAUUGGCACUGGAGUCAGUAUCAUCACUGCUGGCCAUGAUACUAGCAUUCUAUCUCGACGCAAGUUUGUUGAGUUUGGACAUCCGAUCUUCAUCGAAGAUGACUGCUGGAUUGGAAGUAAUGUUAUCAUUCUUCCUGGAGUAAGAAUUGGCCAGGGCUGUACAAUUGGCGCUGGAUCUGUCGUCACCAAGGAUAUCCCGCCGUUCUCUGUCGCUGUUGGCACUCCUUGUCGCGUGAAGAGGACAGUUCAAUCGGCGGAAGAGGAGGAGCAAGAUCCUAAUAAUCAGUACCGUAAUCUGGAUUGGAAAGAAGAAAUAUCAGUUGAAUUUCAUUAUCUCACACACACUUCACAUUCGCACACAUUCUUUUACUUCUCACUUGCAUCUGACCCUCUCUCCUUCAACCCCGUUGUGCACUUCCUUCACUCAUCCAAUUCCCCGCGUGUGACAUUUCACCUUUACAGGCCAAUCAGUACGCCUGCAACUAUGGCCCCUCCGGCAGACGAUACACUAUUAUUCUCGUCCAGUGAUGAUGAAUCUACCGGGUCAUCGGGUGCAAUAACGCCUAUCAAUACUCCAUCACCCUCAUCCACCGAGGAUGAACUGAACGAGUCACUAGCUGCACUAUCACUUGCCGAUACAGCAUCAUCCUCAUCCAACAACGAUGAACCCACCGAGUCACCAUCUGAAAUGCUGCCUAUCCCUCUUUGCCUGAGAAGACCUACCACCGAAGAGGGGACUCGCAUCGGCGUCAUUAUUCCCCGUCCGACGACCCUAGUACCUAGUCCGAUACCUGUGUCACACGCCUUUUUACUUUUCAGUACGCGAAUCGCGAUGUGCGAGCCCAUGGAUCACCGCAAUUUGCAACGCAGUGUGCUCAAUAUGGAGCUUCUCUACCACUCAUGGUCCACCAACCCUGUGGCAACUUACUUGAUGACCAACGGUCCUUUCCCAAUUGACCACAUCCGCUCCGUGUAUGAAUCCUUCGGUCGAACUCUAUCUCCCCAGUUGAACAACGUCCCCGAUGAGACACGCAGUGAAGAUGAUAUUGCAAGGAUUCGUGACAUUAUGGCCUAUGAGGCGAUACGGAGCGCAGCUGAUGUCACAGCUGUACUUGAUGCGUUGACUUAUGACAUUGGACUACGUUUCCUCGCAGAGGCAGUGCGCACAUUACCAAGAUCAGAUGAAAGAGCCUCGUACGCUGAAGUUCUCGCGCAUUUCCAGGAAGCGACGCUACGACAGGCAGAUAGCGAGACAGCGCGGCUUAUUGAAAACGAUUUUAUUACAGCAUACAAUCGGCCGGUAAUAAUCAGCACCACCUCCGCGGAUAUCGUCGAACAGAGGACGCAGUCGACUACAGAUUAG